GCCGUCCAUUGGCCUUAAUUGGUGAGCUAGGAAUGGGGAAUAUCUGCUCCUGCUGCUCCAAGCGGGAGCGCAGCGUCGAGGAUCUCCUUGAUGGCUCGCUAGAAGACAAGCUAUUAGGUAAACGAGAAGAUGAGCUUGAAGCCACCACAGCUGAAGAGGAAGCGUGGCGCCAAAGACGUCAACAAGUUAAGGAUGAAGAGGAUUUGUCCAUGAAAUCUCUUGGAGACAAUGAUGUCGCACCUGCAACUGAAAGUCAGGGGCAAGAUCAAAGCCAUGCGUUGGUGUGGGACCUAAGUGACCGCAGCACAGUCCUAGCUGUCCACAAGGAAGCGACGGAAAUAGUGGACGACGAAGAAGAUGAAGAAGCUUUUGGGAGUGCAAAGGAAGACAGUAAUGAGGACGAUGAUCAAGAAUCAAAAAUGUAUGUACAUGAGGGAGAAGCAUUUAAUCUCGACCGAUUGACGCAGCUAUCAGCAAGGUCUGUGGACGAUUCGUAUGCUUCGAUGCUUGGGUCUUAUCGCGAGGAUACGAGGGUUUUCCGAGACACCGAGCUGGAUCGCGCCAGUGAGGUAUCCGACUCUUUCUUGGCUCCGUCGUCAGCUUCGAGCCCUCGAGGGGCCGUGGCGAAUAGCAGCUUUCUGGUAGAUGACGAGGGACAUGAGCAAGAACAGCAGCAAAAAGACGAACACGAUGACGAUCAAGCGGAGGAAGACAACGAUACUGAAAAACAUCGAAGCAAUUCGAACUCAUCGCGUAAACGUUCAUCGAAGAAGAAAUCCAAAAGUAAGAAAUCUUCACGUAAGUGA